ACGUAGAGAGAAACAGGUUCGUUUUUUUGACUUUCACUUCUGAAGAUUCAACCAUCGCCUUUCACCUUUUGAAUUCUCUAACGCCACUCUUUUUUAGAAAUUCGAACUCAAUGGACUCGUUCUACAAUGAAAACAACAAACUCAACGUCCUAAAAAACAGCAACAUUCCGAAGCUGAUGACUCCUGCAAGAAGCCGUGGCAGCUACUAUUCAUCACCAGAGAACCUCAUAAAGUACCUACGCUCCAAUUCUCUCUCCAGUUGUGGCAACAGCAGCUCCUCCAGGAAAAGCAGCUUCAGAUCAUCGGUUUCACCACAGUCGGAGAAGACGCCACUGAAGGUGGUGGAGAAAGAUGUGCUUGUCAUGGACGAAGUUCUUGUUGCUUCUGAUAGUAACAUUGUAGGAUCUGGUUCUUCGUCGUCUUCGGGAAGUGUUGGUUACUACAAAUCAGAGAUUUGCAGGGCUUGGGAAGAGUUUGGCCAUUGCCGAUACGGAUCCAAGUGUCAGUUUGCACAUGGAAAGGAGGAGGUACGCCCCGCUUGUUUGCCUUUCAGGACCAAAUCUGAGGCACAGAUAUACAAGUCAUACGCGAGCACCGUGUCGGACUCAUACAGCUCAAAACCUCGCCUUUUGCAUCCAGUCACUGAAACGGCUGCUUUUAUAACCCAAAAGGACUCAUUUGCCAAUCCUGGUUACACAGGCCCAAGCUUCAGCACUCCUAUCAAGCCUGAAGAGACAAUCAUCAACUCCCUCUCCACUGUCCAACCUGAUAUUACCCGCUUGAAUACAAACUUCACGAUGAAACGUAACACUAAAACCAGCAAGAUCAACCCCACCUCCACCUCCACCAUCAGACAUGAUACGAGUGCCACCACUUUCACCAAUGGGUCCAACUGGUCACCUCAAGAUGAUCGCAUUGAUGUUACCUUGCCAUCCUUUCCUGGCCAAACACCAUCAAAGGGGGACAUCGAUGCAUACAUCGACAAUGUUCUCCAUGCUCCUGCUACAAAGAAGAGGUUGCCAGUGUUUUCUGCCAUUUGUCCAGAGUAAUGAUCUCUUUUUGAUUCUCAGCUUUGGAUCAAGGUAUAAUCAAUAUUUUCUUUCUAUUAGUACCAAACUGUAGAAAUUUUGGUCAUCUACUCAACAUUGAGGAGUAAACAUAAACAGCUUUCCAUAACCAUUACAGUAGAACUUACAAACCAAGACCAUAAUGUUUUUUUUGUUCUAAUUUUCGGUCAGAUUUGUUAGAUUCUUGAUAAAUGAGUCAAGGAUUAUGUUUGGAUACUGAGAAAAUAAAGGAAAACUAAAAGGAAUUUUCAGAGAAA